AUGGCUGGUGCUUCGGAUGCAAUGAAACCUGAGAGGUUUGUGGCAGCGAGCAUUAUUGCCAAACUUCCUGCAUCAUGGAGGGAUUUUGCCACUAGCCUGAAACACAAGAGGGAAGAGAUCUCCACCGAGGAUUUGAUUAUAGUCCUCGAUGUGGAGGAAAAGGCAAGAGCAAAGGACAUGCCGAGUACAUCCGCAGUAGCGGAAAAUGGUGCUAAUGCAAACAGCAUAGAGAAAAAAUUGUACGACAAGAACAAGGGCAAGUUGCAGGAUGGUGGAAAGACAAAGAAAACCACUAACAGUAAAACUAGAGAAGAUGGGUAUCUAAACAAGAAGGUUGUGAAUGUUACAUUGACAACAGCGGCAAUGAGACCAAAUCUUAUGGGUAUGGGAGCGUGGUCUUCCUCCGUCCUGGUGGGAAACGGAUCUGCUACUUCUAUUCUUGGUGUUGGUACUGUCGAACUGAAGCUCAAUUUAGGGAAGAUUGUCCAUUUGAAGAACGUGCAGCAUGCUCCAAUAAUAAACAGGAACUUUAUUAGUGGUUCUUUACUUUGA